UGUGUGUCAGAGAGUGAGAGAGUGUGUCCCGUCCUCGGAGCCGUCCACAUCUCUUCUCUCUCCCUCUCUCCCGCCCACUGAGCGCUGAAUAAAUUGAAUUUGCCGGGAGAGACGGAGGAAGAUGGCGGCCACUGACCGUUCCAGGUCCGAAGCUGCGAAGCAGCGGCGGCAGGAUCAGCUGCGGCGGUGGCAGGGUUCGGAGACGGACAUGACCGGCGCGGAGGCGCGCAUUCGGGCUCUGAAGUCGGCCAAAGUGCGCUUCGCUCAGGGCGCAGUGUUUAUGGCCGCCUGCUCGGCCGGGGACCGGGACGAGGUGGCCGAGCUGCUGAGGCAGGGAGCGGACAUCAACCACGCAAACGUGGACGGGCUCACAGCGCUGCACCAGGCUUGCAUCGAUGAAAACGCAGAGAUGGUGCAGUUUCUUGUAGAAAGCGGGAGUGAAGUGAACCGAGGGGACAACGAGGGCUGGACCCCCCUCCAUGCAGCUGCUUCCUGUGGCUUCAUCCAGAUCACCAAAUACCUUAUCGAGCACGGCGCACAGGUCGGAGCUGUGAACAGCGAAGGCGAACUUCCAUUGGAUGUGGCCACAGAUGAUGCCAUGGAAAGGCUGCUGAAGGCAGAGAUCAAAAAACAGGGUGUGGACGUGGAGCAGGCAAGGAGAGAGGAGGAGAGAGUGAUGAUGCAAGACGUCAUGGCUGUUUUAGCAGGAAGUGGUUCCCUGGUGCCUCAUCCAAACACUAAGGCCACGCCGCUGCACGUAGCCGCAGCUAAAGGCUACAUCGAAGUGCUCAAGGUGUUACUGAAGUGUAAGCUGGACGUGGACAGUCGGGACUGUGAUGGCUGGACGGCUCUGCAUGCUGCUGCUCACUGGGGGCAGGAGGAGGCGUGCAGUCUCCUCGCGGAUCACAUGUGUGACAUGAAUGCUGUCAAUAAUGUGGGUCAAACUGCUAUUGACGUCGCCGAUGAGAAUCUGGUGGAAAAGUUGGAGGAGCUGCAAAAGAAGCAAAAUGCCAUGCGUACAGCGAAACAGAAGAUGAAGAUCCCACUAUCGGUUAUCGAAACCAGUCCACCCAUCUCGAUGGCACCCGUCCGUCCUCGCAGGACGUCCAUCUCUCGUAUGAGCAGCAAGGAGAAGAUCACAUUGCACGAGAGAGAGAAGCACCCUCCACCCACCCUCCAGACUCCACCCACGGAGGAAGAGGAGGAGGAGUCAAACACCCAGAGCCGUUCAGGUGCCCCGUCCAAAGCAUCCAGCAGCUCCAGCUCGGAGGAGGAGAGCGAGUCGGAGAGCGACGCUGAAUCAGAAAAGGCAAAAACCAGGGAGUUGAUCAACAACUUAAACAACAAGCGCAACAAUGCUACUUCUUUAACGACCACGACAACAACAAGCAGCACAACAAACCAAAAUAAAAAGCCGGAGCCGACACGGCCUGCAGUGAGCGAAGCCCCGGGUUCAUGGAGGACGUCUCUGCGCAAAGCUGGCAGCUCAGUAACUCUGGGACCCUCAGGCGUGUCUGAUACGGCCACUGAAAACCCACGGGGCACAGAAAGCACCUCAAGCGCCGGGAUGUCCCGCUCGGCUUCCAGUCCGAGACUCACCUCAGACAUUGACACAAAGGAGCCCAGGUUAGCCCGAGUGCAACCGACUCCGUCCAGGCGCCUGUUCAGCGUCGGCGACAGCAGCACCAGUACCGUCUCCGACAACCCCAGCAGCUGGUUGAGCAGGAGCUCCUCUUACACACGGAGGCUGAACAGCCAGUCAGGCAGUGAGCCGGCACAACAGAACCCUUCUUUACCUCGCAGCUCAUCUUAUGGAAGGAAACUCGAUGACUCUUCAGUGACCUCCGUCACCACACAGGGAACAUCUGGACUCAGCCGCCUCAACAAUAUAGUGGCUCAGAGGUUAGCUCAGGAAGAGUCCGAAAAGAAGGACCCGGUCUCCACGACAACAACUACAACAACAGGCGAGCAGGAGAACAAGCAGAGGCGGAGAUCAUAUCUGACCCCAGUACGUGACGAAGAGGCCGAGGCUCAGAGGAAAGCUCGUUCCAGACAUGCACGUCAGUCCAGGCGCUCUACUCAGGGUGUUACACUUACCGACCUCCAGGAAGCAGAGAAGACAAUAAAGACGGAAAGCAAGGGAAAAGAAAAGACUAAGGAGGAAGAGGAAAAAGAGGCGAAGCAGAAGAAGGCAGAGGAAGGGGAGGUGAGUUGGAGAUCUCGUAUUGCAAACCUGCAGAAGUCAGACCUGCUGGGACUCACUCACCCUCCCGGGGCGCCUCGUCCUGCCGACAGGAAAGAUGCAGAGGACACUUUGGCCGAUAUUGAGGAACGAGCAAGGGAGAGGAGGAGAGCGAGAGCUCGGAGGAGAGAAAGAUUAGGAGAGAGCGAAGAUAACGAGGCGGGCGCAGAGGAGGAGAGCAGCGGUGGGCCGGACCCACAGACAAACAGAUAUUUAAGCAGCAGGUCUCAUUUAGCUCUCAAUGACUGUCUCGUGGCAGGAGGACAAGACGUUAAAGAUUAUAAAAGGUUGUUUGAGAAGUUGUCCAGGGAGAACACUCACCUGCAGUCUCAACUCCAGGACACACUUAGGACUGUAUCUCUGACUAGGAUGGAGCUGGAGAAAGCGACUCAGAGGCAGGAGAGGUUCAGUGACUGCUCCGCUCUUUUGGAGUUGGAGAAAAAGGAGAAAGUGAUGUUGGAAAGACGUGCGGCAGAGUUAGAGGAAGAGCUGAAAGUGUUGGGGGACCUUAAAGCGGAUAACCAGAGGCUGAAGGACGAAAACGGAGCGCUCAUCCGAGUGAUCAGCAAGCUCUCGAAAUAGACAAUAAGAGAGAGAGAGAGCAAGUGAACGAAGGAACGAGAGGGAGAACAGAAAACAUACAGAGGCUCAGAGAGAGACAAUCCACCCCUCCCCCUACCACCCCAUCCUCACAUCCUGUGCCAAAGAAUUAGUCGUGUGUGAGAAAGAGAACGAAAAGAUGAUAGAGCACGUCACUUUUUUGUUUUGUUUUGAAAUGUGCACCGUUUAAGCAAACUGCAUUUUGACCUGAUCCCUACCUGUCUGAGUAUGUGUGUGUGUAUGUAUGUGUGUGUGUGUGUGUGUGCAUGCAUGAACUGUAAGCUGCCCCUCGGCACAUGCAUGAUCAUUAUGAACUCUGUUUGCCCCAUGUUCCGGAGACGAGUUGGAAAUGUUGUAUGCACACACUUGGCGCACACGCACAGACACACACAGAAGGCGUACACAGCAUUCGCACGAGUGCCACAGACAUUCCACACCUCUCAGGCUCCUUCAGGUCUGCAGUAGUUUUGCACUUUGCAUACACUUCACAAACACACAUGCCGAUUUAGUGUCUUCUUAUACGAGUUGCCAAUUCUAUGACCACUUUGUUACCCAACAUGGCUGAAAGUACAGCCACACAGCACUACGGUCAAUAACGAGACCAGUACACUUCACACACCCACACACACACAUGUGCACACAGACAACGACAGUGGUGUAAGCCCACUUUCCUGUUGUGCACAAAGCCUGUCAUGCUAUGCAUUGUGUAUUUUCCUACACGUUGUUAUAAAGGUGAAGAAAUAGAAUAUUGUUUUUCAUGUGUUUUUCGUUUGCAUCAGUUCCUCACACCUGUCGUGCGGCGAUGAGGAUGGUAACUUUGUUUAUUAUAUAAAUGGACAAAUAUUACUCCCUUAAAAUAAUAAUGCCGAAAGUAACAUGAUAACCAUGUGUUUUUAAUAUAUAUAAAAUGAUUUUCCAGCACUUAAUAAAAGGUUGUGUGUAUUUCUAGCUUAGUGUGAAGUAUUUUAAGAUGUGAUUCUUCAUUUUGUCUUUCUGUUUUUCCUCUCAAUAGUUCUUAAAUUCCUGUGUUUGGUUGUUUAGGAGUGGUGACAGGAUGGUCUUACAGUACGUCUUAAGAAUGAAAUAUUGAACAAUAAGUUUAGCUUUUUAUCCGUGGAAAUAUUGCAUACUACAAAUCAAAGCCUUCACUGAUUGCUCUUAUUUUCGUUCCAAGUGCAAUAGGCAUUUUUUUCUUAGUGAUACAAUUGACCUGGAAAUUAUAGCGAACAUAUUUAAAAUCUUUGAUGCAAUAGCAUAAAGACACAGAGUAAAAGGCCUUUUAGAAAGCUUUGGUCUGAGCCGGACUGAUUGUGUUUAGUAUAAACACUUUAAUGCUGACCAUUAAUACAAAAUCUUUAAAAAAAAUUAAACAAAUAAACAUAUUUAGAUUCCUCGAACUUCCUCAAUGUGAUGCAGGCCACACCUGAUUGGACAGAUUUAAGCUCUGCAAGUCAUAGAUGCGCAAACAAUAACUUUUCUAGAAUUACAAGCAACCAGUCUUGUGAUUCUAAGCUGUACUUUGCAACUUCCAAGGCUAGAAUUGGUCAAAUCCAAUGCUCCCUGGCUCGUGUUAAAGUUAAGACCUACUAGAGACCCAUACCUGCUCACGUGAAGAGCUAGUAAGAAGUAUAUCAGUAUGUACUUGUAUAACCGCACACUUCAUCAAUUAAGACUGAUGUGUGCUGCUAAUAUGCUGCUUUUAAUGCUGAAAAUGGAAGAAACCAUUAUGUGUGUUGUUAAUUUCACACCAAUAUAGAGAUAAAGGCCUAA